CUGAACCUGGACCUGGACCUGCAGCUGAACCUGGACCUGAACCCGGACCUGGACCUGCAGCUGUGAGGUGUGAAGAUGAUGUACUCCUCGAGGAGGAAGCCCGUCCUGUACUUCAAAGAGGAGAGGAGGUUCCUGUCCGGUCGAUGUACGGUCUACAAGCUGUUUGGGCUCUGCAUGGUGCUGCUGCUCGUCUCUCUGCUCUGGCUGCAGCUCAGCUGUUCAGGCGACAUGUCCGCCUCGCCGCGUGCAGACGGUCGGCCCGGCCAGCAGCAGCCACCGGCUCUGCCGCGGCCGCCAUGCCCGUCUGACGGUCAGGCAUCCACGGCGGACGACCCGUCCUGGGGUCCUCACAAACUGGCGCUCAUCGUGCCGUUCAGAGAACGCUUCGAGGAGCUGCUGGUGUUCGUCCCCUUCAUGCACACGUUCCUCAACAAGAAGAAGAUCCGACACAAGAUCCUCGUCAUCAACCAGGUGGACCACUACAGGUUUAACCGAGCGUCUCUGAUCAACGUGGGUCACCUGGAGAGCGGGAACGACACGGACUACCUGGCCAUGCACGACGUGGACCUGCUGCCUCUGAACGAUGCUCUGGACUACGGCUUCCCCGAGGACGGGCCGUUCCACGUGGCCUCGCCCGAGCUCCACCCGCUGUACCACUACAAGACGUACGUGGGAGGAAUCCUGCUGCUCACCAAGAAACAUUACGGCAUGUGUAACGGGAUGUCGAACAGGUUCUGGGGUUGGGGUCGAGAGGACGACGAGUUCUACAGACGGCUGAGGAAAGCUGAGUUACAGCUCUUCAGACCGAGCGGCAUCACGACCGGAUACAAGACCUUCCACCACAUCCACGACCCGGCCUGGAGGAAGAGAGACCAGAAGAGAGUCGCCGCUCAGAAACAGGAGCAGUUUAAGGUGGAUCCGGACGGCGGGCUGACGAACCUGCGUUACCAGGUGGAGUCCAGACAGGAACUGACCAUCAGUGGCGCUCCCUGCACCGUCAUCAACACCAACCUGGAGUGCGACCAGAACCAGACGCCCUGGUGUCUUCUGGGAUAGCACCGGGAGUCCGGCUUCGACGCCGCACAGGUCGGCUCUGAAAACGCUGAACGAGACUCCAUUUGCUUUUUGUUUUUUUGGAUUUUUUUAGGUCUUUUAUUUUGACAGAGAUCGACGGGAAUGGCAGGUCUCGAACCCGGGCCUCGAACCCGGGCCUUGAACCCGGGCCUCGAACCCGGGCCCGGUGCCACCUGGUGGACGAGCAGCGCCUGAAAACCUUCAACUGUGAAACAAACGGUACAAACAGACACACUGAACACUGAUCGAUCAUCAAACAGCUGUUUCAGACGGUCACACCUGUCAGACUUUAAUCAGCGUUACCUUGAACAAAAACCGGACUGAACCGGACCGGGCCGAGCUGUUUUCAUGGAUGAAUCUCUGGUUCUGGUUCCGUCUCGUUGGAACACUUUAUAUGUUUUUUAUUCUGGGUCGUGCAAACGUCAGAUGAGCUUCACACUGUGACGUCUUUCAUCAUGUUUUUAUUUUCCUGCUGAUUCUUCGCAGCGGUUCUGAUCCAAACGAUGAGUUCUGGAUUUAUUUUCUUUCAGUAUUUGACCAAGAACAGAGAACGCCAAACUCACCAAAGAUUAAAAAGAUGUUUCUGUUCUCUGGUGAGCGUGACGCGUUUCUGUUCUUUAAACUGAGCCAAACCGGGCCGAGCUGACCUAAGGCGGAUCAGAACAUCGACAGAACACGUGACAAAAUGAGGAGGAACCAAAGAACGUGGAUUGUUUUCAUCAUCGGUUAAUUUAUUCAUUAAGUAAUAAAAAGGUGCCAGAACCAUCAGAACCAUCAGAACCACAAACAUCAGAUCAAAUGACCCAGACUGAAACUUUGAUCAGAUCACGUGACGUGGACGAGGAGGAUGAAGGUCAUGUGAUCUGAUCAAAAGCUCCAGAACAGUCACUGACAGACCGGUCAGAGUCCAUUGAUGGUCUUUGAUUGGUCCUGAUGAUUGAUUUGAUUUCAUGUUUGACUUUAAAGUCUGUUACAAACGACACUGAUCACUUCCUGUGACGAUGAUGAUGAUGAAGAUUAUGAUGAUGAUGAAGAUGAUGAUGAUGAUGACAGUGAUGAUGAUGAUGAUGAUGAAGAGUCCAAACAUCAGAUCAAAAGUUUUGAAUCGUUUCACAGGAUGAACUUUGUCUCUGUGUGUUGGUGGGAAGCUGUUGAGGGAUCUGAUCCUUGAAUUGACAGCAGGUGUCAUUGAAAGUCCUGGAAACAGAUCUCCAGGAUUUAAGCCUGACCCAGCAGAGUUCUGCCUCGUGGUUCUGUUCUGGUCUCUGUUGUUGUUGUUGUUCUGGUCGGCCUCCAGGGGGCGCUCUGGACUUUUAAAGGCUAUAAGACAGAUUUAAUGUUGAGAGGACGGUACGGAGUGUUUGUACGAUCGUUAUUUAUAUAAAGUACAGAGACAAAAACCAA